GUUUCUUGCUCUGUGAAUCAUCUCGGCGGCCAAGAUGCCCUUCAGAUUGGCUUGGUUUGUGUUAGCCUGUUUUAUUUUAGUGUCGGCAAAGGCAUCCAAGAAUAGCAUUAAGAGUAAAUUGAGGUCCAAUCAGAACCAUGACAACAACGUACUCAGUCGAAUGGCCUCUCAAGCGGAUCUCGGAACCAAAAGAAGCGAGCAAGGAGGAAUUGCCGGUACCUUCAAAAUCAACGACGGCGGUGUAGUAGGCGCUGGGGUUUACGAAGUUGGAAAAGAUGGCAAAGUGGACAUCGACCUGAAAAUUAGGAUCACGCCAUCUGGAUCAGGGGAAGGAGGAGGCAGUAACCCCACACAGCCACCUGGGGGUCAUAGUGGAGGUACUGACGAGCAAAUCGCGUUGUCUAUCCACAACAACUUCCGCAAAGUGCAUAACUCCCCACCAAUGACCCUUAAUGCCGAAAUGUCUAAAGCUGCAAAGGAAUACGCCGAGAAACUUGCAAAGAUGGGUGCUUUACAGCACGCAUCCAAGGGGGAGAGAGAUGGAGCUGGCGAGAACCUUUCUUUUGGAUGCUCUUCAGAUAAGGGGCAGACGCCAGAAGAAGCCGUGACCAACUGGUAUAAUGAGGUUUGCGACCCCGGGUAUUCAUUUGGCGGGGAUAGUGGUCGAAGCGGUACUGGUCAUUUUACGCAGGUUGUGUGGAGGGGAAGCACAGAGCUUGGGUUUGGCUCAGCGACUGGUGAAAUGCGAGGCAUGAAAUGCACGUACUACGUCGGGAGAUACAAAGCGGCCGGGAACAUGAUGGGGCAGUACAACAGCAAUGUCGAAAAAGGCAGCCUAGAUCAGGAGUCUUACUGCUCAAAUUUGAAGUCUAAGUUCUAAUUUGCGACCGUAGCAUAAAUAAAA